AUGUCUACCGCUGAGACGCAGACUGCUACGGAAAACGUCACUACGGCUGUUGGGUCUAUUAACUUGAACUUUGAUACGAUUGAUGGUAAAGGAGCUUCGUACCCUCGAUAUCUCCCUCACUUCGACGUAUCCGAGAAGUUCCCUCCUACUCCAAUUCGAGAGUUCACCGACCCCGGAACCCGCGCAGACCCAACCAAACCCAACCUCCUCUCCUCAGCCUCAUCAAUCAAGAACAUAAGUCCUUACCUCGGUACAGAAAUCAAAGGUGUCCAAAUCUCUCAGUUAUCAGAGGCUGGGUUGGAUGAGUUGGCGUUGUUCGCUGCGGAGCGUAAGGUUUUGGUGUUUAGAGAUCAGGAGUUUAAGGAUUUGGACGCGGAGAGGCAGGUUGAGAUCGCAAGGCACUUUGGACCGAUUCAGAGGCACCCUACGUCUGGGAAUGUUGAAGGGUUCCCGGAGUUUCACGUUGUAUACCGAGACGCCAAUCAUAACCGAUUCGAAGAAUACCGAGGCAAGAACCGAGUCGGCAAAGUAAGCUGGCACUCUGACAUCUCAUACGAGAAACAAACCCCAGGCACGACCUUCUUCUGGAUCCUCGACCAACCCACAAACGGCGGAGGCGACACCCUCUUCCUCUCCCAAGUAGAAGCAUACAACCGUCUCUCCCCUUCCUUCCAACGCCUCCUCUCAGGUCUCCGAGCAGUCCACUCCGCAGUCGAACAAGCAGAGUACUCAAAACGUAUCGGCGGACCCGUCCGAAGGGAACCUGUAGAGACUGAACAUCCACUCGUUCGUCAACACCCUGUUACGGGUGAGAAAGCUUUAUAUGUGAAUCAAGGGUUUACGAGGAGGAUUGUCGGGUUUAAGGAAGAAGAGUCGGAGUGGUUGUUGGAUUUCUUGUUUGAACAUAUCUCGAAGGGUGCGGAUUUCCAGAUUCGAGCUUCGUAUGAGCCUGGUACUGUCGUAGUUUGGGAUAAUCGCGUUACGUGUCAUUCUGCGACUGGAGACUUUCCGCGAGACGAGAGGAGACAUGCGGUGAGGCUGACUCCGCAGGCUGAAGUUCCGAUCCCUGUUUGA